UCCGCAACCCUUAACCCCCAGCAGUCCAGCUGUCCCCCGCCGCGCUCUUCUCUGCGCCCGGGGGUGACGAGUGACACCACCGGCCAGUUAACGGGCCCCAGAACCGACCCGCCUCGGACCCAAUCCGCGUUAUUCCGGCACGGGGCGGGACUCCGCUCGUUUGCCAACCGCGGCUACAAGAGAGCGAAGCGAGGAAAUCUGUGCAGAGAGGGGUGGGUAGAAGCAGAAAUCCUCUCUCAGCCCCCUUUUUUAAAUCUAUUUUAAAAUAAACAUUACCUGUGUAGUGAAAAGAUCAUAAAGAGGGGAGAGAGAAUUCUGAACCGAAUCACCAUGAGAUCGAGAGCAUUAGAACACCGCCUCGCCGGUCUCGACGCACCAAAAGACUCACAGGAGCAAGACGGAGGCUGCCACCGGAGGGUAUCUUGUUAAGUGACUGAGGGGGACGGGUCGAAGUUGGGAACAGGACACGCGAGGAUCCCCAAGAAGAGGAGAAAAAUUCCGAGGUAAGAGUUGGCGAAGAGAUCGGACGCAGGGGGCACGCACAUAAUUCAGACACACAGAUGCGUGACAAAAAACAGGAAGAAGCCCGUCUGUGCUCAGCUCGCACAGAGGCGAGGGGACUGUGUGCAAUGCGGAGGGACUGAACCUCUCGCUCCCUUUUGGAACGGAAGGGGAGUGCAGCGACGGAGGAGGAGUAGCGAAAUUAAAGGGGAGAAAAGUUGACGGCUUGUGAUGUGAGACCAGGAGAGGGAGAGCCCCGUCAGGCAGCCGGAGCAGCCGUCUCCACAAACACCGUUACAUGGCCGGGGUUCCGAUUCUGUUAGAGCUUCUGGUUCCAGGCAUCGGAGGGGGUUGAAUAGAGGUGCCCACGAUGCUACAGUGAGUUAUUGUGUUUUUAUUUUUCCCCGUCGGAAAGAAAUAAAGGACAAUGAAGGUUCUGCGCAGGAAGGCGGUUUUCUUGGUGCUAGGCUACGUCUUACUGGUGGUGCUGACAAUGCUGCAUUUCACAGACUAUAAGGGCGCCAAGGAGUGCAGCCAGGUGAAGUAUGUGCCCUACCCGCUGCGCUAUACCGUGGAGCACCAGCGAGCCCCGGCGCCGCUCAACGCGUCCGCCAAGCGGCAGCAUGUCUACGUGUUCACAACAUGGCGAUCCGGCUCGUCCUUCGUUGGCGAGCUCUUUAAUCAGAACCCCGACGUCUUCUUCCUCUACGAGCCCAUGUGGCAUAUCUGGCAGAAGCUGUACCCGGGCGACGCGCUCACAUUGCAGGGAGCGGGUCGGGACAUGCUGGGCCACCUCUACCGCUGCGACCUCUCCAUCUACCAGCUCUACAACGGGGGUAACAAUGUCACCAGCAUGGGCAUCUUCGGCGCGCCCCGCAACAAGGUGGUCUGCUCCUACCCGCUCUGCCAAGCCUACAGGAAGGAGCGGGUGGGCCUCAUUGACGAGCACGUCUGUAAGAACGAGUGCCCACCCCAACAUCUGGACUCCCUGGCGGCCGAGUGCCAGAAAUACAGCACGAUCGUGAUCAAGGGCGUCCGUAUCUUCGAUCUUAGCGUGCUGGCGCCUCUGAUGAGGGACCCUACUAUCGACUUGAAGGUGAUUCACCUGGUGCGGGACCCUAGGGCUGUGGCCAGCUCCCGUAUCAGAUCCAGGAACGGGCUGAUCCGGGAAAGCUUGCAGGUCAUGAGGAGCAAGGAUCCCAAAGGACGACGGCUCAAGGUGUACGACGGCUACCAGAGGAGUCGGCGGGACGCGGUGGAUUACCACGCCCUUAACGCGCUGGAGGUGAUCUGCAGCAGCAUGGUGAGGACGGUGCAAAUGGCCAGGGAGCCACCACGCUGGCUCAAAGACAACUAUCGGGUGGUGCGCUAUGAGGACCUGGUGGAGGAGCCCAUCAGAUACCUGAAGGACAUGUACCACUUUGUCAAUCUGUCUCUCAGUCAGGACCUGGAGAGGUUCGUCCUCAACAUGACCAUGGGUUCCAGCUACAACAACAAGAAGCCCUUCAGUGUGUCCUCACGGAACGCCACGCAGGCUGCCAAUGCCUGGCGGACCCAGCUGACCUACUCCCAGAUCAAACAGGUGGAGGAAUACUGCCAACAGGCCAUGGACUGGCUGGGCUACCAGAAGGUCCAAACGCCUGAGGAAGUCAAGGAUUUCAGCAAGUCGUUUGUGACCAAACUCCGGCUCUGAACAGUAGGACAGAGGUGAUGCAGUCAACCAACCCAUGAGAGGCAGAGGGCAAACCCCCAACGUGUUUGGUUUCUAAACAUGCUCAGAUCUAAAUCUGACAGUGGGGUUCUGUCGGGGGAAGGUGAGGUGGAGGGAUUUGUGAGGUACCUUCUUUCUCUGGCACACACAGACACGUUGGCAUUCUUGUACACCCACAGACCUAUUUGCACAAUUGCCUUCAUCUAUACACCCACAGAUGCUCAGAGUUUCCUUAGCAUCGAUAUACACACCCAUGAAAACGCUCAUCCAGGCACAACUUUAUAUUCACAGACACACAUUACAAUUUCUUCCACUCCCAACAUUCUAACAUUAUCCAUACAGACUUAGCCAAACACAUACUCUUCAACUGACAAAACAUUAAUGUACUGACACUGACAUUGCUUGGUAUAACUCAUUCACUUUACUACUUACAGCAAAAAGCUGUUGAGAUGUGAAUCAUCUGAUGAUUUUUAAGGGAAGUUUUUCAUCAUCAGGUGUUGACAAAGGUACAAAACAUUCAUUUGUUCACCGGAAAUACUUGAUCUUUGGGUUUAAAGUUGUUAUAUAUGUUGCUCUAUGAAUACAUAUAUGUAUAUAUAGGUUUUGAUGUCUGGUUAAAUGAAUAAAUUGAUAAUUUAUCAUUUUUUAAAGAAAGUAUUCUAUUAUAUGAUGGCAUGUGACUGUAGAAUUGUGAGUACAGUGCUUUACUGCCAAAGGUCAACAAAUCAGGAUCCUUUCUGUUCACUUUUUUUGCUCGAAUGUUCUUCCCACACAAGUACGUUUGUCCUUUCCCCUACAAUGUGCAAAUCAAAGAAGCUGUUGCAAAAUAAAUCUUUUUUGACCCUUAAUCUUAUUCUUACUGUGUCAUCGCAAGAAAUCAACCCCAAAAUACCAAAAAGCCUUUAAAAAUAGCCUUUGUUUUGAGGAUAAUUGAAAUUUGACAUAAAAUUCAGCACAACAUGUUGUUCUUGUAAUUACAAGAAACCACGCUGAUGGGGUUUUUGUAUUUUAUUGAGGGUCUUUGCGACAUUUACAAUAUGGAGUAUUUUAAGGAGUUAUUUGAGCAAUGUGCGCCCAGAAAGAUUUUUUUUUCCCAUUAAUGGCCAACUCAAAACAUCACACAAGGGGUUUUCUGUUACAUCUCUGUCACCAAUACCAAAGGUAUAGAAUUAAAUGCAUUGAUUCUGUAUAGAAGUUAUUUCAAUAAUGUUAUUUCUAAAUGUCCUUAAGUCAUGGGUGGCAGCAGAAUUUUGUUGGACUGUUUCAGAAGGCACAGUGCCUAUUUACUGGAAUAUGUACAAUAUGUACAAGAUAUAUACCACAUCUUGUAAACAGUUUUGGAGUAACAACUACAAUUUGAAAAUUGAGGUCUGGGGAGAAAACACUAAAAUAGAGACAUACUGUAAAUUUUGGUUGCUGCACUUCAUUAUAUAUUCUAGGUUGAUUACUAUUUGGCAAAACCAAGAUGCAUUUAUAAGAUAGUCUUGAGGUUUGGACCUAAGUAUUAGAUGAAUGCAUUCAGAUAGUUAGAAUGCAGGUGAAGGAAAUUUAUUGGGUUCCAUAUAGCAGGAGAACAGUGCACCUAGUGUUGACUUCUCAAGGUAAAAGUGCCUUUAUCUUGCUUUGGUCUUGUAAUAGUAGUAUUACAUUGUGCUGGACAUGCUCUCACUCCUAAAAAAAAUUAACCCUUAUUUUAUUUAAAAAAAUAAACAAAUGACUUUAUUAGAUGUUGGAAGGUUCCUUUGCCAGUGUUGUCCCGUAGAAACAAGCUGCAUGAUUUACCUAUCCUUCCUCACCAGCCCUGUGAGGUAAAUUACCACUAUUGAAAUGGGACCUGACCCUUAGUACUGGCCGUGAAUGCUGCUUCCUCUGAAAACUAUACUACUGGCUGGCUGCUGCUGCCCGGUCAGCCAACUGGUGCUUGGUUGACAACUCUCCGAUUGAGCUUGUCUCCCUCAUACUGCUGUCAGGCAAAAUUACCUUGCCAUUAGCGUGAAGAGGGAAGAGGGUCUGUGUACGGUAAUGGGAAGGUUUAAGGGGAUAGCUGUCAAAGAACUUCAAUGAUUUACUAAAGGUCAAUUAAAAACAAACUGACUGCUACACUCGUUCUACUUAAUACUAACUAAACCAACUAUGAGAAAUGAUUUCAUUCACCAGCUUAAAAAUGCAUGCACAUCAGCAGAUGGAUCAGUAAGCACAGCUUGCUGCAUGUGUUUGAGAAAUCGUGUUUGAAAUGAGUCUGCAGUAUAGCAGCAGGUUCUCACUCUCUACCCUUUGGAUAAAGGCAGUGGAUUUGGUGUAAAACCUACAUCUAGAAAACUGAAUAAAACAAUUCAGCAGCUGCCAAACAAGACAAGGUAACAACAUUGUCAUUUCAAGUUGUUACCAUCUUGUAAUGCAGAGUGGGGUGCUCAUCAUUAGUUUUUGUUAGUGUGAUACAGAAUUAAGUACUAAAUUGCAGGUUUGUGCUGGAGCUGGUCCAUGGACCAAGCUGCUCAUUCCAAAUCCUACCAGUGCAAGAAGUUGUAAAUCUGGUGCUUUUUUUUUUAAAGAGUCGGGCAAAGUCUGUAAGGUCAGAGAUUUCUUAAUAGGACCUUGUCUGCGCUCUUAAAGUUUCAAUUGCUGGAACCCCAGAAAUUUAGAGGCAAGAGUCUAAACAGUAGUGCUGGUAAUACUGCAGGAUCAAACAGGUUGUCAGUCAAUGUUCCCUCUAAUUUUCUCCACAGCUGUGCGGACCAACCAUUGCUCUGAGUAGGAAGUUUUAACACUGCUUGAAAACUGCACGGCACUUUAUAAUAACAUUAUAUAAAAGAGAAUUCCAGCUGCACAGCUACAAAAGCUAUGUGCAUGGGGGCAUUUCAGGUACUGCUGGGCCGUGAAUCUGUGCAGCUUAGAGGGAACAGUAUUGUCAAUGAAGUUCAGGGCAUUUCAGCUGUGUUCAUAGGCACCAGACCUCAAGUGGGUGUUCAAGUUUGUCAUUCGACCAUAUACAUGUACAGUAUACUGCCAAGCGAGACAAUGUUCCUCCAGACCAAGGAGUACAACAUGAUACAUACAGCUUGCACACAUAACACAUGAAGUAAUAUUACCACAAAUAAAUUAACAAAUAAUAAGGUGCAGAUACAAUACAAGCUUCAUACGUGGUGAGACCUGGGUGCUGACUGGGAGUUCAGUAGUCUUACAGCCUGGGGGAAGAAGCUGUUUCCCAUCCUAACAGUGCUUGUACUAAUGUAACAGUACCUCCUACCUGAUGUGGGUGGUGUGGGGGGGGGGGGGGGUGGUGUAGGAGUCAAAGAGAUUGUUGGAUGUAUUGCAAAUCUGAGCUCUUUCCAUUUUACAUUAUUGUUGGCAAAUGGUCCUAUGGGGGAGAAAAAAGAAAUGGUUGGCAGACUUCAGUGAAUGUAUAAAGCUUUUAGGUAUGCAGUGAAUUUGUGAGUUCACUUUUAAAAUAAGUAAUAUUGGGACUUAUUAAAAGUGAUAUUUGAUGUAAUAAGACAAACUACCUGUUUAAAGACAUACUUGUUGACCAUAAUUUCUAACCAUGAAUGCUGCCAACUGUGUUCGAGAAUUAAAUGAUGAAUCCCUUAAAUUUUGCAUCUCCAUAAAAUGUUGUCUUUUUUGUAACAAUGUCUCUUCUCUUUCUGCCCAUGCAAUCUUUAUGUAACAAAGCAGGAAUUUGACACACACUCAUGUAAAGAAUGUAAAUGGUUUAAUAAAAUAAAUUAAUUUAAAG